GCAAUCACUUUGAUGGGGUAGCGCAACAAUGAUCUACCACGUUAACCGAUGUUUGUGUUCCUGGACGUGCAUCUCGCUUUCAUUCUGUUACCAUAGAGCAUCCUACUGUUGGCUCGCAUCCACUCUUUGAUUUUUCCUGAAUUUUCGGGCUUUAUGCAGAUGUCCUCACUUAUGUUAGAAACCGAAACAUACCCCACACUGCAGCUGUCGAGCCCAGGCCGCUUCGAACUUCUCCCGGACGCCGGCUCUCACGAAUGGUCGUCGGAAGCAAAGGUCGUUGAAUUUGCCCAGCUCAUUCGAUUGGCAUCGCAACAUCAUGCGAGCGAGUAUAGUCGCCUCAAAUUCGGGCCAAAAGGAUGCCCUGUUGUAUACGUGCCAUUCUCGUUUCAGAUGCCGGAACGCGUCAGGCAGCUACAGGCACACCAGGCACGGUACGCAACUCGCCAAGCUUGGUGGCUAUGUGAGAGAAGAGCGGCGACCUCUACAGCGAUAAUAGUCGUUGCUGCAGAGUCCCAGGAUCAGCCGCCCCUCGGCUGCCCGACGUCUAUACCAGACAUACAGCAGGAGAUCCAUGCUGCAAUAUCUUCAACCCUCGUUCCACCGUCCGGCUUCAUUUCGACAUUCCAGGACCAGCCGUCGAUCAAAACGUCAGGCUCGCACCCCAUCAAUGUUUCACCCAUUAUACCACUUGAUGUAUUGCGAAUGAUAUCCCUGCAUCUUUCGCGAAAUGACAGCGACUCGCCGAUAAUGUUCGACUUGCCGCACACACAUUUCCUGGACCGCAUCAUCACUAUGGCCGGUGGUCCGGUCGCUUCCCCCUCCCUUUCGCGUCCAUACCCAUGUCCAACGAGCAUGGCGGAGCUUAUUCCAUGCUCCCCGAUGCACUCUCUGGCCCGUUCCGGACGGCUCUCCCACUUCCUGUGGAACAACCCAACGCUGCGUCGAGCGCUGCAGCUGACUGCUAGCUCUCAUGGAAAGCGACCCCGACCUUUGUCGACAACUACCCCAUCGGAGACCGAUCCGGUGAUGACAGCCCGGACGGCAAAUGCGUCGUCAGAGUAUCUCCACGCCGAGGUAUCGCCUGCGAAAGACUCCCUUCGGAGAUCACAUUCUACGUCUUCGGUGCUGACGCGGCCAACGUCGGACACGUCCCAAAGUAUCGGAGCCUCCGCGACGUGUGAAGGGCUAGGAACCUUGCCAAAGCAGCGGCGAUCCAACUCCUACUCUGAUCUUCGAGCAAGAUUGGCAGCGCCGCCACUAGAAGCGUCGUCCAGCGGACUCCCGCCUGUUCCUCCUCUGGUUCCCGAACCGUGGUCGUUAGGGAACCUGUACCUUUCUUCGUGUCCGGGGAAGAAAGUGAGACUGAAUGGCCCGGUCAAAGGUAAAUGCGGCGUAUGUAGAGAUUUGCGGAUGGAUCUGCAGCGGAUCAAGGAUUAUGGUGUUACGUGCAUAGUCUGUUGUCUUGACGACGAGGAGUUGGAGCUGCUCGGGGUUCCUUGGUCAGAGUAUUCUUCCACCGCCGACGACUUAGGACUCGAUGUUUUGCGUAUUCCCACCCCAGAAGGUCUUACUCCGGCCUCAAUAUCCGACUUCGACGCCCAACUGACCAAGCUCAUCAAGUCGUACACCCUCAACGGCAAACACGUUCUCGCGCAUUGCCGUGGGGGUGUCGGCCGUGCUGGGCUUGUCGCUUGCUGCUGGGUGUUAAAGCUCGGGCUGUGUGGCUGGAUCGACGCUUCCGCGAUGGCAUUCACGGCGUCCGAGCAACUUUUCAGUAUGGGUGCUCAGAUGGUGGACACAGCACCGGCCAUUGGCGAAGAGACGUUGCAGCUGUUGGAGCGCGUCAUUACUGUCGUGCGACGACGAAGGAGUCCCAAGGCUCUAGAGACAUACGAACAAGUCCGUUUUCUCGCGGACUUUGUCAGAUAUCAGAGGAGAAGACCCGUACAGAUCGAUGACGCGCAUCUCUCGCAGCAGGACUUGCUGGGGUGCGUGGAUUGAGCGGACCACAGUGCAUAUUCGGCUUGUAGAUUUGGCUAAUGGUGCAUACGGUUUGUUGUCACUCGGGUGUCGUGUUUCUUCUGUAUAGCAUAUAGACC